AUGCGCCAGCAAAAACACAUUACUUUUGAAUAUGAGGCAAGUUUGUUGCGCAUUCUAAUAUUACGAAUGCGAGAAGGUUAUUUCGUUCGCAGAACAUAUUUUGAGAAAGCUCCCACGCAUGGAAUCAGAGCAGUUCUCUGCAUUGAACUUUGUCUCCCUUGGCGUUCGAUGGCAUUUAUUAAUUAUUGCAUCAAGAUUCCAUGGCCAUUUGAUAGGCAGCGGGAAAAACUGGAGGUAACAUUUUUUGUUGAAGCUCCUUCGUCAGAGUUGGAUAAAAUUCAGACAGAGACCAUUGCGCUACCUUCGCCAAACGAACUCGUUGCCGAUACAUUAGGGAGUUCUUUUAACAGUUUUAUCCAGGCAGAUCAUUGUCUUGCUUACCUUCACUCAUUCAGCGAUAAUUCGGAUUGGUAUUUAGUACCAGCUGAGCUGGAUGCUGGAGAAGCUGUUUUUUAUCUAACUUCUAACGAGUUAUGCGAACCAACAUUAAUUUUAUCAAAGUUAUUGGAAAACGCUCUUAAGAAAAACCAAUCUGUGGCGAAUUUUGUGAAGUUUUGGCAGUCUUUUUGCAAUUUUGAGGAGGGGAUAUGGCAAAAAUGGAUGCACAUACAUCCGAUACGAUUAGUUCUCUUACAAGAUGCUGUACUUCCCGCAUCGUUGUUUAUAAUUCGUUCUUCGGAUAGAAGUUAUUCUCCGAUUGAAUGUAAUGAAGCUUGUACUGCCUUCUACAAAAACAGUGACGGUGCUCCUGAAUAUUAUUAUUUAAUUUGUGCCACAAUGGAGCCUCCUUGUGUUUGCCUUAAAGUCGCAUUCUUGUGUGGAACUCCUCCAGAAGUUAGAGCCCAGACCGUAGCUGGUAUAACACGAGAUUUGAUGUCGUUAACAGUUUCAAGACAUUUAAAAAUAUACAGAAAACAGUCUGAUGGCGCAUCAAGCAGUGUACAGUCAACGAGUAUAUCCGCUAUAACGAUUAUACGGAGGCCGUUGGAAAGGAUUAUUGCUUUGUACCGCACAGUGCCGUCAGCCCUCAAUUCCUUCAUUCGCUUAGACAACUCGGAUAAUAAACGGAGCAAUAUACUUCAGAAUGCUGUGGUUAGUAGGCGUUUGGAGGAAGGUUUUAGUGUUACAUCGAGUCACAAUGGGAUAGUGACUUUGUGCAAGGAAUUUAAACCAGAAAAAGACGAGUACUGUGGUUCCGCUUUACAACAGUACAUUAUUUUUCCGCCACUCCCCUUGAUGGUCAGCGGCACGUCAUAUAUUAUUGGCAGACCUGGUGAUCCUUAUCUACGUGAAGUACCUGAUCGUGAUAGAGAUUAUGCGUUAGUGACUGAGCUUUGGACUGAGCCGCCGGGUACAAUUGAUCAACAGUUAGCAAAGAAAACUAAUCGACAUUGCAAGCUGAGCAAUUUUGCCGUCUUUAAGCGUGUAUGA